GUAUAUUUUUGUGGAAUGAAAAGGAAGUAUUAGAAAUGAACUGAAGAUCAUUCACAGAUUAAUAUUUUUGGGGAGUGGACAGAAGUUCUCAAAUUUGCAUAUUACAUCAACUAGAACCAGCAGUGAAUCCUAAUGUUCACUUAAAUCAGAACUUGCAUAAGAAAGAGAAUGGGAGUCUGGUUAAAUAAAGAUGACUAUAUCAGAGACUUGAAAAGGAUCAUUCUCUGUUUUCUGAUAGUGUAUAUGGCCAUUUUAGUGGGCACUGAUCAGGAUUUUUACAGUUUACUUGGAGUAUCCAAAACUGCAAGUAGUAGAGAAAUAAGACAAGCUUUCAAGAAGUUGGCAUUGAAGUUACAUCCUGAUAAAAACCCGAAUAACCCGAAUGCACAUGGUGAUUUUUUAAAAAUAAAUAGAGCAUAUGAAGUACUCAAAGAUGAAGAUCUACGGAAAAAGUAUGACAAAUAUGGAGAAAAGGGACUUGAGGAUAAUCAAGGUGGCCAGUAUGAAAGCUGGAACUAUUAUCGUUAUGAUUUUGGUAUUUAUGAUGAUGAUCCUGAAAUCAUAACAUUGGAAAGAAGAGAAUUUGAUGCUGCUGUUAAUUCUGGAGAGCUGUGGUUUGUAAACUUUUACUCCCCCGGCUGUUCACACUGCCAUGAUUUAGCUCCCACAUGGAGAGACUUUGCUAAAGAAGUGGAUGGGUUACUUCGAAUUGGAGCUGUUAACUGUGGUGAUGAUAGAAUGCUUUGCCGAAUGAAAGGAGUCAACAGCUAUCCCAGUCUCUUCAUUUUUCGGUCUGGAAUGGCCCCAGUGAAAUAUCAUGGAGACAGAUCAAAGGAGAGUUUAGUGAGUUUUGCAAUGCAGCAUGUUAGAAGUACAGUGACAGAACUUUGGACAGGAAAUUUUGUUAACGCCAUACAAACUGCUUUUGCUGCUGGUAUUGGCUGGCUGAUCACUUUUUGUUCAAAAGGAGGAGAUUGUUUGACUUCACAGACACGACUCAGGCUUAGUGGCAUGUUGGAUGGUCUUGUUAAUGUAGGAUGGAUGGACUGUGCUACCCAGGAUAACCUUUGUAAAAGCUUAGAUAUUACAACAAGUACUACUGCUUAUUUUCCUCCUGGAGCCACUUUAAAUAACAGAGAGAAAAACAGUAUUUUGUUUCUUAACUCAUUGGAUGCUAAAGAAAUAUAUUUGGAAGUAAUACAUAAUCUUCCAGAUUUUGAACUACUUUCGGCAAACACACUAGAGGAUCGUUUGGCUCAUCAUCGGUGGCUCUUAUUUUUUCGUUUUGGAAAAAAUGAAAAUUCAAAUGAUCAUGAGUUGAAAAAACUAAAAACUUUACUUAAAAAUGAUCAUAUUCAAGUUGGCAGGUUUGACUGUUCCUCUGCACCAGACAUCUGUAGUAAUCUGUAUGUUUUUCAGCCAUCUCUAGCAGUAUUUAAAGGACAAGGAACCAAAGAAUAUGAAAUUCAUCAUGGAAAGAAGAUUCUAUAUGAUAUACUUGCCUUUGCCAAAGAAAGUGUGAAUUCUCAUGUUACCACACUUGGACCUCAAAAUUUUCCUGCCAAUGACAAAGAACCAUGGCUUGUUGAUUUCUUUGCCCCUUGGUGUCCACCAUGUCGAGCUUUACUACCAGAGUUACGAAGAGCAUCAAAUCUUCUUUAUGGUCAGCUUAAGUUUGGUACACUAGAUUGUACAGUUCAUGAGGGACUCUGUAACAUGUAUAACAUUCAGGCUUAUCCAACAACAGUGGUAUUCAACCAGUCCAACAUUCAUGAGUAUGAAGGACAUCACUCUGCUGAACAAAUCUUGGAGUUCAUAGAGGAUCUUAUGAAUCCUUCAGUGGUCUCCCUGACACCCACCACCUUCAAUGAACUAGUUACACAAAGAAAACACAACGAAGUCUGGAUGGUUGAUUUCUAUUCUCCGUGGUGUCAUCCUUGUCAAGUCUUAAUGCCAGAGUGGAAAAGAAUGGCCCGGACAUUAACUGGACUGAUCAAUGUGGGCAGUAUAGAUUGCCAGCAGUAUCAUUCUUUUUGUGCCCAGGAAAAUGUUCAAAGAUACCCUGAGAUAAGAUUUUUUCCCCCAAAAUCAAAUAAAGCUUAUCAGUAUCACAGUUACAAUGGUUGGAAUAGGGAUGCUUAUUCCCUGAGAAUCUGGGGUCUAGGAUUUUUACCUCAAGUAUCCACAGAUCUAACACCUCAGACUUUCAGUGAAAAAGUUCUACAAGGGAAAAAUCAUUGGGUGAUUGAUUUCUAUGCUCCUUGGUGUGGACCUUGCCAGAAUUUUGCUCCAGAGUUUGAGCUCUUGGCUAGGAUGAUUAAAGGAAAAGUGAAAGCCGGAAAAGUAGACUGUCAGGCUUAUGCUCAGACAUGCCAGAAAGCUGGUAUCAGAGCCUAUCCAACUGUUAAAUUUUAUUUCUACGAAAGAGCAAAGAGAAAUUUUCAAGAAGAGCAGAUAAAUACCAGAGAUGCAAAAGCAAUCGCUGCCUUAAUAAAUGAAAAAUUGGAAACUCUUCAAAAUCAAGGCAAGAGGAAUAAGGAUGAACUUUGAUAAUGUUGAAGAUGAAGAAAAAAUUUAAAAGAAAUUCUGACAGAUGACAUCAGAAGACACCUAUUUAGAAUGUUACAUUUAUGAUGGGAAUGAAUGAACAUUAUCUUAGACUUGCAAUUGUACUGCCAGAAUUAUCUACAGCACUGGUAUAAAAGAAGGGUCUGCAAACUUUUUCUGUAAAGGGCCGGAUUAUAAAUAUUUUAGACUUUGCAGGCUAUAUGGUUCACACAUGAGAACAAGAAUGGAGUCAUCAUGUAUUCUUCUCUGUUAUUUGCUUUUAACAACUCUUAAAAACAUAAAAACCAUUCUUAGCUCAGAGCCAUACAAAAGUAGGCCAGAUUCAGUCCAUGGACCAUAGAUUGCUGUCCCUCUCUACGGACUUGUUUCGGGUGGCUAGCUUGAACAUGAGUCUGCUGUGCUAUUAUCUACAUAAAUGUCUAAGUUGUAUAAAGCACACUUUCCCUUCAUGUUUUUUGGCUGGCCUGAAAAGAGGUAACUUGGUUUUUGGUCACUUGUUCUCCUAAAAAUGCUAUCCCUGACCAUAUAUUUAUAUUUUGUUUUAAAAACACUCACGAUGUGGCACAGUAAACAUACCCUGUUAUGCUAUAUUAUUAUGAAGAGAUUCUUCAUUGUUUUCUUUCCUUCUCAAAGGUUGAAAAAAUGUUUUUAAUUUUUCACAGCUGAGAAACAGUGCAACAGUAUAUGUGCACACAGUAAGUACACAAAUUUGAGCAACAGUAAGUGCACAAAUUCUGUAGAUUGCUGUAUCAUCCAGGAAAACCUGAGGGAAAAAAUUAUAGCAAUUAACUGGGCAUUGUAGAGUAUCCUAAAUAUGUUAUCAAGUAUUUAGAGUUCUAUAUUUUAAAGAUAUAUGUGUUCAUGUAUUUUCUGAAAUUGCUUUCAUAGAAAUUUUCCCACUGAUAGUUGAUUUUUGAGGCAUCUAAUAUUUACAUAUUUGCCUUCUGAACUUUGUUUUGACCUGUAUCCUUUAUUUACAUUGGGUCUUUCUUUCAUAGUUUUGGUUUUUCACUCCUGUCCAGUCUAUCAUUCAAAUAGGAAAAAUUAUUUUACAGGGUUGUUUUAUUAUAGCUCAUAGUGAUACUGUAGUUAUUCCAGUUACUGGUUUACUGUCAGAGGGCUGCCUUUUUCAGAUAAAUAUUGAAAUAAUAACUGAAGUUAUUUUGAUAAGAAAAUCAAGUAUAUAAAUCUAGGAAAGGGAUCUUUUAGUUUCUGUGUUGUUUAGACUCAAAGAAUCACAAAUUUGUCAGUAACAUGUAGUUGUUUAGUUAUAUUCGGAGUGUACAGAGUGGUAAAAAUUCCAAUCAAUCAAAAGAGGUCAAUGAAUUAAAAGGCUUGCAAUUUUUUCAAAAACCUGUUAGAAUAUGCUUUAUUGUGUUUGGAAGAGUUUUCUUUUUUUUCUUUUCAAUAUCACUUUAUCCUGCUCACCAGUAUUUCCUCAUAAAGGUUAGUAUAGCCAUAAUUAUUAUUAAAAUAGACUUUGUUCUUCAUAUUCUCCCAUCUUUUUCUCUACUACAUACUCAACCCUGUCUGGAUUCUGCUGUAUGCCUGUGGGCAUAUAUGGAACAGUCACCACUUCUCACACUUAACACCAGCUUUUUGAAUUAUGAUCAGUAAUGGCAAGAGCCUUUCAUUCUCAAAUGUUUAAAGCCUAGAAGUUCUACAAAUUUGGCUUGUUUCUACAAGAAUCCCAAAAUGGAAUGCCUAAAGAAGUCUUACUUGGAAUAUUUACUAAAAUGUACUGGUUAGGUGCAUAUCACCACACUGGACACAGGAGUGUACAAAAGGAAUCUAAGACAUGGUCCCCAUCUCCCAACUGUCUGUAAUUCACAAUUUUGUCACUGAGCUCACAGGGUACUUACAUUACUACCUAUAAAUGUUUCCUACACUUGUUAGUUGAGAAAUAUUUUAGGCAGUAAAUAAAAUAGUAAAUAUUAUGUGUCCUAUAAUUUGACCUAAGCUAUGUGCCUUUGGAAUCAGCUCUAAGCCAGGGCCCCCUAGUAGUCAUGUUAAGUAACAUGUAUCAUAAAGUGGUAUACAUCAAGGUUGUCUUAUACAGUCAUAACAGUAUUAUUGAGUCUUUCAAAAACAGCUGGCAGAUUGAGCUUUUAAUGGCUGUAUUGAUGCAGUAGAUAGAGCACCUCUAAGGAGUACCAGGUAUAAUGUGCUAUUUCUCUGAGCAACACCAUUUUUGUGUGCAGCUGACCCUGUGUAACAAGGUAUCAAUUUUAGCUGACCAAAGCACAUUCUAUCAGGCAGCCAGCCUUGGAAAUUCGGUCCAUUUAAAGUAUGUGGCUUACAGCCAGGUAUGGUGGUGUACACCUGUUGUCCCAUCUACUUGAGAGGCCGAGGCAGGAGGAAUUGCUUGGGCUCAGGAUUUCGAAUCCAGCCUGAGCAACACAGCAAGAUGCCAUCUCAAGUAAAUUGUGUUUUGGGUAUUAA